AGAAGCGAGAGGAUGGAGUGAGUGAAAUAAAGCCACACUUCGUAUUUCUCACAGACACUUUUUUCAUAAUUUGGCAGGAAGAGGGGAGGGCUGGACCAGUGCGCGGCAUUACGAGAAAACGUGCAUGUUUAGUAGUAGAAAGCAGCUGCCUGUCUCUUUUACGCAUACCCUACUCCAGUGAAGGCAGCAGCAGCAGUUCAGAUCAGAUUUCACAUUCAGCCCCGACCAGCUGAGAGAGAGAGAGAGAGAGAGAGACAGCCAGAGAGCAGGAGGGCUCGUUUCUCCGCUUUCCUCUCCGAAAACCCUUUUUCUCCCUGAGCGCAGCCACUGACCGCUCCUGCGAGGAGAAACCCGGGUGUGCGACGCAGUUAUCGGGAUUUUUAAUUUUUUUUUUUUUUACCUCCUUCCCUCCUUUUUUUUUUCUUUUAUGUAUUUUUGCAGGAUUUCAGCAGCGAGAGCGCCACAGAGAAUUAGAUAAGAGGGAAGAAGAAGAAAAAGAAGAGAUGGACGAGCAGCCGAGGUUGAUGCACUCUCACACGGGGGUAGGCAUGGCAGGGCACCCCGGCCUGCCGCAGCAUAUGCAAGAAGGCACCGGGGGAACGGACGGCGACGGAAGAAAGCAGGACAUUGGAGACAUUUUACAGCAAAUUAUGACCAUCACGGAUCAAAGUCUGGAUGAAGCCCAAGCCAGGAAACACGCUCUGAACUGUCACAGGAUGAAGCCUGCGCUUUUCAACGUCCUGUGUGAAAUCAAAGAGAAAACAGUGCUGAGCAUCCGCGGCGCCCAAGAGGAGGAGCCCCCGGACCCCCAGCUCAUGCGACUGGACAACAUGCUGCUGGCAGAGGGCGUGUCCGGUCCGGAGAAAGGUGGAGGUUCUGCGGCGGCCGCGGCUGCGGCGGCCGCCUCUGGAGGGGCGGGAGCGGACAACUCGGCAGAGCAUUCUGACUACAGGGCCAAGCUGUCCCAGAUCAGACAGAUCUACCACACAGAGCUGGAGAAGUACGAACAGGCGUGUAACGAGUUCACCACCCAUGUGAUGAACCUGUUGAGAGAGCAGUCGCGCACGCGGCCCAUUUCGCCCAAAGAGAUCGAACGCAUGGUGAGCAUCAUCCACCGCAAGUUCAGCGCCAUCCAGAUGCAGCUGAAGCAGAGCACCUGCGAGGCCGUGAUGAUCCUGCGCUCCCGCUUCCUCGAUGCCAGACGAAAAAGACGAAACUUCAACAAGCAGGCGACAGAGAUCCUGAACGAGUAUUUCUACUCACACCUCAGUAACCCCUACCCCAGUGAGGAGGCUAAAGAAGAGCUGGCAAAGAAGUGUGCCAUCACAGUGGCCCAGGUUUCCAACUGGUUCGGGAAUAAAAGAAUCAGAUACAAGAAAAACAUUGGUAAGUUCCAAGAAGAAGCCAACAUGUACGCUGCGAGAACUGCCGUGAAUGCGGCUAAUGCAUCCUCACAUGGAAGCCAAGCAAAUUCACCCUCAACUCCAAACUCUGCAGGUUCUGCUGGCUCUUUUAACAUGUCAAACUCGGGGGACUUGUUCAUGAGCGUGCAGUCUCUCAAUGGGGACUCGUACCAGGGGGCUCAGGUGGGAGCCAACGUGCAGUCGCAGGUGGAUACCCUUCGCCAUGUUAUCAGUCAGACAGGCGGAUACAGUGAAGGACUCACAGCCAACCAGAUGUACAGUCCGCAGGGCAUCAAUGCAAACGGUGGCUGGCAGGAUGCUCCAACCCCCUCAUCAGUGACAUCACCCACAGAAGGACCCGGAAGCGUUCACUCCGAUACCUCCAACUGAUCCUCCACCCACCCGCUUCCUCUUGAUUCCCGCCUUCCUCCAUCCACCGCGCCCCCUCCCCACCCAAAACUUAUACCCGACACCCUUUUCUGGGACCGGAUGUGACGCAGCGGGACACGGUCGGGGUCUGGAGACGACGUUUUCACCAUCACAGACAAAACUGUUCACUUUUCCUAUCUGGACCACGGCGGCACCGUUAGCAGCCUGUGCGCGUAGGGGACUCAUAUUCACACCUCACAGUUUGUACAGUUUCCACUCGAUGUCCAUGUUGCCUCUUUGUAUUUCUCUUUACAGCAUAUCUUCACUCAGCAGGCUCACAGCAGCAUAUCGGCCCACGUCUUGUAAAUUGAGAUGCUUUCACUCUACCUCUAUUCGAAACAUGGCAAACGAAAUUGAAAAGGCUUCACUUUUACAAAGUUUCAUAUUUUUACAGUUUUCUCACACAGCACAUCAAAGCCCUCUCAUCACACGCCUGAUUAAUGGCUUUGUUUUUACCUAUGGUGCCAAAGUUCAGCCCUGGAGGUGAAUUUUGAAAACAUUAUCUCAUGUUCUUACAUUUCUCAUGCCACACACUGUAAGCUAUCAUUAUUAUUAUUAUUAUUAUUAUUAUGUUAGUCCAGUUAUAUUAGUAUCCAGCCCCAGUUUGUAUCAUUUGUAUUCAGAACUUCUACGGCAGACACCGACAUCAAAGACCUUUAUUGUUUUGUGCCAUAGUAGUUACAUUUUAACUAACAGUGCAGAAACGUUACAAAUCAAUAUGAUAUUAAAGCACAAUAAGAUCUACUGAUGGAGGUCAAAGGGAGCGUCUGUAAACGUCUGCCAGCCAAAAACUGCUGGUAACAAACAGGAACAGCUGUUCUGUUUUAGGCUGCCGUGUUGUCGGGUUUGAAGACGCUGCACGUCCUUUAUUAGGAGUCACAUUUAUUCACGUAUGGAAUCAUAUUUGUGCCAAACAUCUGAGAAUCAUCUCAGUCAUUUUGAGUACAGAAUCGAGCUUUGCUCACAUUAUUCUUUUCCAAUAAGUAAAUUGCAUUUAAAUAGCAAUAAUUUCUCCAAACUGAGGCUCAGCCUUUCAGACAUUUUAAUGUAAAGUUGCUGAAUUAAUGUAAAAUUGAAAUAACUAUUUUCCACAGACUCUUAUGAUACUCGAUGUUAAUAUUUACUGAGACAUGUUAGGACACGUCGCUAAGCAGCAUCUUCACUUCAAUAUUGAAUCAUAUGUUCCAUCAUUUUUAUUCCCAUAUUAUUAUUUUUCGGCUCGUUUUGUGAUCCUAAGGAUUGUUGGGUUUAGUUAUGAACAUAUAAGGAUCUGUCAGCCCUCAGAGGAGGUAAAUUAUACGUGUGCAUGUUUUCACAGUAUUUGCAGAAAAUCGCAGCUCCUUUAUCAGCACUGUUCUUUGUAAUCAAAAAUAAUUUUCUGUGCUCAAAAUGUCUCUGUGAAUCGUCAGGAUUGAUCCAUAAAUAUGAUCCAUAAAUGUUCAGCUCAAUCCGCUCACCUGUCCUGUAACACGUUCUGCUUUGGACCGCGACCCCAGUCCAAAAUGAGACUUGUGACAUUUGUAUGUACAGUAGAAAGUAAUGUAUACAUGAUUAUCAUUUACAUACUUUGAUACCAAAAAAAGUCUGAAUUUUUCUCCUCAUUGGGAUCAGCUUUAUCACAGUUUUCUUCCCUCUGUUUGAAGGAUUUUAUUAUGUGCAGUACUCGUGGGCAUCUCAUUAUGCUCUAGUACUCUGUCUCCAAAACCAAAAUAAUGCAGUGUUUAUAUAAAUUCAAAUGAAAACAAAUACCCUGAUGGCACACAAAUCCAGAUGAUGUUUGGAUAUAUUUUUAUGUCUCCAUUUUGCAAAUAAGUCACCGGUUUUUGUUUCACUUGAUAUUCUUUUGUUUCUUUUUAUGCUACCAUUAGACGUGAAUUAGCCCAAGAAUGCUCUAUAUACAGUAUGUAGAUAUGCACCUUUACACUUCUUUUGCUGAUUUGGACAGUAGCUAUUUCAAUGCAGCCUCUCUGAGUUCCUGUUGGAUUUCGGGUGAACUCCUCCUGAUAUUUUAUACUCAUAUCAUCAUUACAAUUCUGCAUCCAAGAUGGCUGCUGUCCCAAUGAAGGUGACGUGAAAAGUCAGUGUUAACAUCGCCCUCUCUUUGGCUUUGAUUUUAGCGGAACUGAACCCUGAGACAAAACUCAGUCCCGAGAUCCCAAACAGCCAAAAACAGCCUGAAAACCACAGGUAUCAUUUUUUUUUACAGUAUUUAUGUAUGAAAUCACGGAUGUCUCGGAGCUGCAGUGUUGAACCACGGCGUGAUCACACCAGACAAACUCAUGUGAGUGACUCAGAGCGGCGCGGCUCACCUGCGCAGCGCUGCAGCCGAGGGGCCGGCGCGCAGCGCCCGCCCCGGUCGUGUCUUCGGGAGUGAUCGGAGUGACAGCGGCGGCCGCGCAGGGCAAACCCGAGGACUGUUUUUGCGCCCCUCAAAGAAAAAAGAAAAGAAAGGCUUAACUCUGCUUUUCACAUUGCCUGUCAAAUAUUACGGAAGCUUCAUGUAAUGAUGCUUUUUGGGGUUUUGAACAUAAAAGGCGAAGAGACAUGAAAAGAAAGAUGAACAAUUUGUAAAACAUGAAAUGUUUUAUUUGUUGCAUGUCUUUUUGUUCUUCAAUAAAAUAACGUACUGCAGUGUU